AUGAUCUCACAAGUUGGUUUAAAUAAACAUAUUACUAAUUUUAUUAAAAAGAAUGGUGCAGAAAAGUUUUUUAAAAAAGUUCCAGAGUAUAUUAAGAAAGAUAUGUUUGCAUUAGUUUCUAAUGCUAAUACUAGUACAGUUAAAGCAUUAAUGAAUGAAGCUAUUUUAACAGGAUUUGCUAAUUUAUUAAAUAGAACAAAUACUCAAAUUUUAAAAGAUAUGGUAAAGAAAUUAUCAAAUGAAAAUACAUUAACUAAAAAAAGAGAGUUAAUUAACUUUUUACUUGAAGAAGAAGAAGAUUAG